GCCAUUAAACACCAAGAAGAAGAAGAAUACUCUCAUGGCAGAGGAAGGCAUAAGUGGUACAGAAAUAGAUCCCAUUAACUAGUCUCCUCUUCGUAAUGGCCAGUCAGGGUGAUGGAGAGGUGUGGUACGCCCAUCCGGUUUACGCCCGAUAUUGGCAGCACUACCAGCAGGCCAUGAGCUGGCACCAGAGGCAUAAGCGGGCAUACAGAAAAGCUUUGGAGGUUGGCUACUUCCAGGCACUGUAUUCCAUGUACCCCUCUGCCGUCCAGCGAUACUCAGAUUGGCAUGCAGACGAGAGCUGGAGGAACGCUCAUAGAGACAGAACGACAGGUAGAGAAGAAGAAAGGGAAAAUGAGGCCACUGAUUCAGACAGUGAGAUGGAGGAGGAGAGUUCGGAUGAGAGCCAGAUCGAGUGUGACGUCAGUAACAUGGACAUCUCAGAAGAGCUGCGACAAUACUUUGCCCAGACAGAGCGACACAGGCAGGAACUCAAGAAACAACAGCAGAUGGAGGCAGAGCAGCAGGACUCGUAUGUUCUAGCUGACCAAGACUUGCACAGAGUUUCCUGGCGCAGCAGCCUGCCUCCUUCAGAGCGUCCUGGAGAAAGGAGGACCGCAGAGAUGAAGAAGCUGUAUGGUAAAGAUGCAGCAAAGAUUCAGGGGAUGGAAGCAGCCAUGCAGCUCACCUUUGACCGCAACUGUGACAAAAAACAGCCCAAGUACUGGCCGGUUAUACCACUAAAUCUGUAGGAUGAUCAGACCCCAUCAUUAGUAUGCCUGGCACAACAGUGCUGACAGUACUGAAGUGAUGCAUCAAAUCAGCAUCUGUGAGGACCUUUUGCAUAUGUAGAACAAACACUUAUGUCCUUAUAGACAGAUAAAGCAUUUAGAGAGUACUUUUAAUAAAUGUUCAGUUCAGUAUGAUCAGUAAAAACUUUGAAAUUGAGUUAGAGUUCUGCAAUUCCCAACUUGCACUCAUUUCCUUUUGCGAUAUCUGUAUGUAGUGGCAUCCACACAGUUCUAUCUUUUUAAAGUUUCUCAUAUCAUGUAAAUGAUGGAAGAGCUGCUUAGAUUUCGGUGUCGUUCUUUUCAUGUAGUCAUUUCUCCCUAACUAGGUCAUUGCCUCCCCCACAGUCUUUGGUUAAUGUGUUUUGUCUGUCUCUUCUGUUUUGCAUCUCACAUGAGCACAUGAGACUGUGUUUGCCGGCUUAUUCUCUGGUGCAGUUUUUACAUUGAAAUUUCUCCUUUUUUAAUGCAGAAGAAGUCAUUGUUUAAUUAAUGUGGUUUGAUUGAUUAAUAAAUGUAUUGCAUUGAAA